AAUACACUCUGGCUGCCCAUCCCUGACACAAUGAAUUACUGUACAGUAUUAUUAUUGAAUUAUUUAUUAUUUAUGCUUGCGGUAAGAUAUAUAUACAUUACAUUUCUGUACUGUACUUAAAGUUACUGAUGUUUUGUAGAGUCUACAUUUACCAAUAAUAUCUGCACCUUCACACUGUUAUAAACAUUAGGAAGCUUGAAUUACUUCAUUUAUGUUAUUUAUUUAUUCAUAUACAAGAAAGUACGUUGAUUUGUGAGAGUACAUAACAUUGGUGUUUAAGAUUUACAUUUUUGCAGGUCCUUAAGCUAACUGAUAAAAAUAAAAGUAAUAAUAGGUACAUUGUAGCAGAAUUUGAAAUCAACAUAAUACCUACAGUGUAAAUUGAUAGCAUUGAUUAUGCUGGUGAAGUUGCAUGUCUUGUAGAAGUGCAGUUACAGGAUGAGAACUACCCUUGUGGUGUACAGUCUUCCCAGUACUCUUUGUCAUAUACGUAGGUGAAGUUGCAUGUCUUGUAGAAGUGCAGUUACAGGAUGAGAACUCUCCUGGUGGUGUACAGUCUUCCCAGUACUCUUUGUCAUAUACGUAGCGCUUUGAAACUACUGAUGGUUUUGGCCCCCCACUACUUUGUUGCUGAACUUGUUCCGACCCUCUACAACUCUGCAAAAGAAAACUUUCUAAAAAAAAUUUUGACACCUUUGUUUUCUUAGCUUGAAUCUGUGUCCUCUUUCAUAAAGUUGCUUGUUUCAGGAAUUUCAGAAAACAGGUAACAUGACCAGCAAUCACAAAUGAUGUUAUGGUAAAAGCAUUAUACAGAGAAACUUUGGGUGAUGAGCAGCUUCAUCUACGAGCUUUACAAGUAACAAGCGAGCCACUCGCAGAAGAUGUGUCUCGAUUGAUGAGCUUUCGCUUGGUUAAUGAGAAAACCACGUGGUGCUCCCUAGCGUUCCCGCUGCUUCUCACAAAUUCUCGGACGCCUCCGAUGAUAGUGUUGUUGUUUUAUUGCGUGGGAUAGUCAUCCCUCUGCAUUUAUUUGUGCUUUUCUUUGUAUUUUUUGUGGUUUUGUGACUGCAAUUUAUAACCCAUGAUGUCACCAAAGAAGCUGCAUGCUAAAGAUAGUGUUGUCAAGAGAAAGAAACACACAAUUACUGUAGAUUUGAAGAAGGAAAUCAUAGCAAAGCAUGAGCGUGGUGUUCGUGUGACUGAUCUCGCCAGGGAGUAUGGCAGGUCGUCGUCAACAAUCUCCACCAUCUUGAAGAGGAAGGAAGAAUUUAAGAAGCUUGAUGUGGCUAAAGGCAUUACCAAGGUUACCAAGAUACGUCCAAACCUCCUAGAAGAUGUUGAAAAGCUGCUCUUGGUCUGGAUGAAUGAAAGGCAACUACUUGGCGAUAGUGUUUCUGGAGCUAUUGUUUGUGCUAAAGCAAAGGUACUGUAUAUGGACCUUGUCAGGAAGACACCAGGUGCGUCGUCUGAAGAUGAGGAGAUGUUUAAGGCAAGCCGUGGAUGGUUUGAGAACUUUAAGAAGAGAAGCGGUAUACACAGUGUUGUGCGACACGGGGAGACUACCAACUCUGAUAAAGCAGCUGCCAACUCUGAUAAAGCGGCUGCCAACUCUGAUAAAGCGGCUGCCAACUCUGAUAAAGCGGCUGCCAACUCUGAUAAAGCGGCUGCCAACUCUGAUAAAGCUGCUGCCAACUCUGAUAAAGUGGCUGCCAACUCUGAUAAAGCGGCUGCCAACUCUGAUAAAGUGGCUGCCAACUCUGAUAAAGCGGCUGCCGAGAAAUUUGUUUCAAAGUUCCAGGAAUUCGUUGCAAGGGAGGAGUUCUUGCCCCAACAAGUUUUUAAUUGUGAUGAGACUAGUCUGUUUUGGAAGAAAUUGACGAAGAGGACCUACAUCAUGCAAGAGGAAAAAUCUUUGCCUGGCCACAAGCCGAUGAAGGAUCGGCUUACCCUUGUGCUCUGUGCCAAUGCAAGUGGCGAUUAUAAGGUCAAGCCACUGCUCGUCUACCACUCGGAAAAUCCACGAGUGUUCAAGGCGUGUAAAGUGCACAAGACGCGACUGAAUGUGAUGUGGAGGUCCAAUAAGAAGUCCUGGGUAAGGCGGAUAUUCUUCAGUGAAUGGGUCAAUGACGUUUUUGGCCCUUCAGUGAGGAGUUAUCUUGAAGAGAAGCAGUUACCACUCAAGGCCUUGCUUGUGCUCGAUAAUGCUCCUGCACAUCCUCCACAGAUGCAAGAUGAUUUGUUUCCAGAAAAUCAGUUCAUCACCAUCGAGUUUCUUCCUCCCAACAUCACUCCACUCCUCCAACCCAUGGACCAGAAAGUCAUUGCCAACUUCAAGACACUCUACAUAAAGGCCUUGUUGGAGAAGUGUAUUGAUGUGAAAGACACUACAGAACUGACCCUCAAAGAAUUCUGGAAGGAGCACUUCAAUAUCCUGGGUGCCUUACAUUUGAUUGAUAAGGCCUGGGAAGGAGUGACACAGAGGACCCUAAACUCUGCAUGGCGAAACCUGUGGCCUGAGGGUGUCCCUGAGCAAGACUUUGAAGGUUUCGGUCCUGCACCUGCAUUUGCAUCUGCACCCGUGGACGACCCAGAAGUGCAUCUAGUGGAUGAUAUUGUCGCUUUGGGGCAAACAUUGGGUCUGGAAGUGGAUGCUGCUGAUGUGCAGGAGUUAGUACAAGAGCACAGUGAUGAACUAACCACUGAGGAACUCCUGGAACUUCAGAAGGAGCUGAAUCAGGAGGUACAGGAGCUCACAUCAGGGGAGGAGGAGGUAAGGGAGUAUGCCGCCUCUUCCAGCGAGAUUAGGGAAGUGUUGGGAAUGUUUGAAAAGGUGACCGCAUUCUUGGAAAAGUAUCACCCUGAUAAGGCAUUGACUGCACGGUGUGUGAACUUGUGUAAUGACAAUUUGCUGUCUCAUUUUAGGGACAUCCUAAAACGAAGACAAACGCAAGUGUCAAUAGAUACAUUCUUUGGAAAGGUACAGAAAAGACGAGCAAGUGAUAGUGAACCACAACCCGGUCUCAGUGGAGUGAAAUUCCCAAGAGAAAAUAACUCCUCUCCUCCCCACUGCCCCAUCAAGCCAGCAAUGACUCUUCAUAAGGUAUCUCGCUCUGGCCGGGUGAGUAAGAAGUCAACAAAGAUGGCCGACGUUGAUUCACCAGAAGGAAGCGAGACUCGUUGCCACCAGAAUACUGAAGAGACUCAACAGUCCUGCAAGGACAUUAAAGUUGAAGAAACUAUGGAAGAUGACACAUGCAGAGGCUGGGCUUGCUGCACAGACGACAAUGAAAUUAAGGUGAAACAUGAGCCGUUGGAAGUGGAGGAUCAGGCAGAUUCUAGUGACCGUUCCCAUGAUGGGCGUGUUACGGGAGAGGAAGACAGAAAAGACCCGCUCUUCAUUGAUACUGACUCUACGAACGUGACAAGUGAAACAUCUGAUUGCAACCAGAUUGUGCAAACCAGAUCUGGUAACUGUAGGCCAAGUACUGGAGGACUUCACAUAGACAAUGGAUGGGAAGCUAAUAGUCACUUUGAAGAAGUCAAGAAGUCAAAAAGAUCUUCCAGCUAUAAAACAUCAGCACACAUGGAUCAUCCUGGUACAUCAAACGGUCUUCAGGGAAAAUUCCUGAGGAGAUGCCCAAACUGCACACAAUGUGUGCAUGUCCGAAGCAAUGUUUGCAAGUUCUGCAAGUGUGACUUCCGAAACAGUAGAGAAUUAAUGAAGAAAGAAGAGGAAGCCCGUUUUCUACUUAAAGGCAAGAAGGCUUUAGAACGAAAUACAGCGAGCCGGGUUCUACGAAGGAUUGAAAAUCAGCUGACAUAUCUGCGUGGCUGUGGGUAUGAAGCACUCGUUAUCUAUUACAAGAAAGGACCAGCACGGGUGACACAUGGUAUCCUACCAAAAAACGCUCUACUUGAAGAAGACAAGGAUAUCUUCUCCACUAACUUCUUUUUGUCACGCACAAGGAAGCUUGAUGAAGAUAAAUUUACAUUAGGAUCUGAAGGAGCAGGCCAUAAUGCCCUGGAAAAAAUUAAGGACGAGCUACAAGUUGCGCAGGUGCAAGAAGUGCAACAAGCAAAAAAAGUUGCGCAGGUGAAACAAGAGCGACCAUUAGCGGUGAUUGAGAAGCAGCAAGAACUACAUGUAGUCAAACUUGAACCACACGGAACUACACCAGAAAAACAAAAAUUAAGUAAAAACGUAUUGGGAUUCUUAGGAUAUUUGAAAAGGAAGGAUAAAUGAUAGAAAUGGUUCCUUAUUAUUUGGUAGUUUACAGGUACUUUACAUAUAAUACUUUAUAUGAUGUCGACAGUUUAUAAUUUAGUUCACAGUUAAUUUACUUCUCAACUUCCUUAUCUUAUAUGAAGGAUAUUUACUGUUUUUCAUUUUUAAAAACUUAUUAGUAUCAUUUAUAGUUUAGUGUUAAUUCACUUAUAAUACAAUAUAUAUUGUGUAUAAUUUGCUAAUAAUUCAUUUAACUUUAGUAAAUAUAAAUAAAUAUUUCUGGGGAGAGCCCUGUUGGCUCCCCAUAGCUAUACCAGGCUGAUAUGCUAAUGUCAGACUUUGGCAUCAGUCAUGUGUAUGGAAUUCUU